CUAAGAGAUCAUCAACCACGUACGGGAUCUGUAAUAAUCAAUCCUACAACAGGUGCUUCAGUUGAUCAUUUGAUUCAGCAAAUCACCAGCAGAACGUUUCUUGCAUCCAUUACGAUCUCCUGGUGUAUGAAUUAACUGCAGUUAGAGGUUAGGGAUGGCUGCUGCUUAUGCAGCUGUUCUUUCUUUUCUUCAUACCGUCAGGCGCAUCAAGAAUAGCAGCAGCCAGUUAACUUUUUACAGGUGGCAAAUUGAUCGUCUAGGGGAAAUGGGUUGUUUGUUUCAGGAAUUUUUGAAAACCCAUUUUCAUGGAGACAGUCAACAGCUAUGGGAUCUGGAGAGAAAGAUCGUAGAUGCAGCUCACAACGCAGAGGAUGCCAUUGAUAAUUGCAUAGUGGCUGAAUUUUUCAAAGGAUCUAGAUCUGAUCUCCUGUCACAGAUUAAGUUGCUUGUAAGAGUUGUGGAAAAUAUGAAAUCGAUAAUUCAGUUGUGUGUAGGACUCAAAGAUCAGGUGCUGCUGCCCUCCAGGUCUCUUGCAAGUUCAUCAAGUCAUCCUGCACAUCACCAUCUACACCAAUACUCCAUGACAGGUUCUUGGAAGAAACCUGUAGUGGGACUUGAGAUCGAACAAAAUUAUAUCUUGGAAAACCUCAUGGCAAGGCUAUCUUCACUUCAAGUCAUUGUAAUAACCGGGAUUGUCGGAAUUGGUAAGACCACACUAGCUCAAUCUACUUACGAAAAUGAUCUUGUUUUGAGUCACUUUGAUGUCAGAAUUUGGGUCACAAUGUGCAAAGAAUGCAGCUUGCGAGAUGUUCUUGAGCAAAUGUGUGCUUGUCUAAUAGCACAAGAACACAUUGAUGCUUCUGUGACUGAUAACCAAUUGAAAGAAUUUCUUUUCCAAGGAUUAUUUGGUCGCACAUAUCUAAUUAUAUUAGAUAACAUGAUGAGUUUAGAAAUUUGGGAUUCCAUAAGGUUUUGCCUUCCGGAUAACAACAAUAUGAGUCGAUUAAUCAUUGUAAUAACUAAACCAUCAAGAAUGACAGCUUCUUUCCACGUUUCAGUUCUUGAGAAGGGAUUUCUUGAUGAAGUUACAAGUUGGAAAAUGCUUUGUAGAACUACAUUUGGAAUAGAAGGUUGCCCUAAUGGAUUUGAGAAUAUUGGACAAGAUAUUGCUCGAAAAUGUAAAGGGGUUCCUCUCUUUAUCAGUGUCAUUGGAGGGCUUCUGAAAAAUUUGCCGUUGAUCAAAGACAAAUGGGAGAUUGUGACAAGAGACCUAAAGCCAACUUUAACUUUAAAAGAUUGCGAAAGUUACGCCAACAUAUUGUCAUUGAGCUACAAAUAUUUACCCGAACAUUUGAAACCGUGCUUUCUUUAUUUGGGUAAUUUUCCCGAAAAUCAUGAAAUUUGUGCUUCUCAACUUAUUAAGCUAUGGAUUGCGGAGGGUUUUGUUCAACAAUGUCGCGAUAACAAAAGUUUGGAAGAAAUUGGCGAGGAUUAUUUAAAGGAUCUCGUCGAUAGGAAUCUUGUUUUAGUCCUUUGGAAGGGAUUAACCGGAAAGAUUAAAGCAUGUUGUCUUCAUGAAUGUAUCCGAGAUCUAUGCCUAACAAUUGCUCAACAAGAGAGUUUCUAUGUGGUCUCAAGGAAUCAUUACAUUGCUUUUAAUGAAGAGGAUCUCUCUCAAGAAUUCGAUGAUGCCUUAAAUCCACCACGGCGCCGCACUUUAAUAUGCCGUGGCGAGGGUAUGCCGGAGAUAUCGGAUAAAUCGCUGCUGCGUGUAGUAGAUGAUGUGGACAUAAAUUCUUUCGAAGAUAUCUUUCGACAUGUCAACCUAAAGUACAUUCGAUGUUGUUCAACCUCUGUGAGAGCUGUUCCUUCAGCAAUAUGGAACCUUUGGAGUUUGCAGACUAUAAUUUGUCACAACACUCGUUUAGUUUCAGCUCCAAUUGAAAUAUGGAGCAUGAAGCAUCUGAGACAUGUGGAAUUCAGUGAGAUUUAUGUCCCAAACCCUAACCCUAACCCUAACCCUCCUUCAACCAUUGAAUUGCAAGAAGAUAAUGCUAUGGAACAUCUUCAGACUUUCAUGAAUAUAGUAAAUUUCAAGUGCACAAAGGAAGUCCUUAGGAAGAUGAAACACAUCAAGAAGCUAAAAAUCAAGCUAUACAAGGAAAAUGCAGAUUACUGUCUCGAGAAUAUCUGUGGUUUAAAAGGGCUCGAAUCAUUGACAAUAUAUUUUCUUACGAGAUCGGAUAUGAACAGUGUCUUGCUGCGCCAAUUCUCCUUUCCAAUAUCACUCAAGAAAUUGAGUUUAGACAACAUCAAGCUUUUUCCGGAUGAUGUGGGAUUGUUGUCCUCUUUGUUUAAUCUCGAAGAUCUCAGAAUCAAUGGCUGCAUUUUAGGAGGCUGUUCGAAUCGUUUGGGAUGGCCAUUUCGUUCUCUAAAGUAUCUGAGAAUUUAUGGCUUCACUGAAAUAGAUUUUAGGGACAUAGACAAGUGCUGUUUUCCUGUUCUGGAAAUUCUUGAUCUGGGUACAGUGGUCGACGUUACGAUAUUUUUAGGAGACAUUCCAAGUCUGAGAGUUCUUCAACUCCAUAGCUGCAGAGGAAGAACAGCCCUUUCAGCACUGCAAAUGUUAGUGGAGAGGGAAAGGCGUGGAAUUGAUGAAGACCUGCAAGUUCGAGUCUCCAUGUUGGAUAGAGAAGAAAUGUUGGAGUUCAGGAGAAUGGUGGAAACAUCGAAAUUGUCUGUCAGCCCUAAUUUUACAGUGGAGAUUGGACCAGUUUAGGUUUUUAUGAUGUUAGAUCUCCAGCCUCCAUCCCCACUACUACUUUU